AUGCCACCCUGUUCCACGGGAGGUGGGCCGCACAGUCCAACACGUGUCAAGUGGAUGGAACAAAGUUUGCUUAUCAGUGUACUUUUCGGCGUGGACAUAAACAAUUCAAACUAUUUGGAAACAGUCAAAGAUCAGAAGAGUUCAACACAUGAACACAACUGGGCCAUUGAAUGCGAUUUCAGUGUAGACAAUCACGACUGCCUCGAAGUUAUCAACCCUCCGGCGCAACCGCUUGCGAGCAAUGCAUCAAGGCUGGUCAAUCAAUAA